GGGGCAGUGCGCAGGCGCCAGGCGGAGGGCGGGCUGAAGCAGCUGAAGAAGCGGCGGCGGCGGCGGCGGCUCGGGCAGAGGGGCGGGAGCUGAGGCGGGAGCGGACCGGCUGGUGGGCAAGCGAGCGGCGGCGGAAUGGUGGACUACCACGCGGCGAACCAGUCGUACCAGUACGGCCCCAGCAGCGCGGGCAAUGGCGCCGGCGGCGGGGGUGGCAUGGGCGACUACAUGGCCCAGGAGGACGACUGGGACCGGGACCUGCUGCUGGACCCGGCCUGGGAGAAGCAGCAGCGCAAGACCUUCACGGCGUGGUGCAACUCCCACCUGCGCAAGGCGGGCACGCAGAUCGAGAACAUCGACGAGGACUUCCGAGACGGGCUCAAGCUCAUGCUUCUCCUCGAGGUCAUUUCAGGGGAGCGGUUACCUAAGCCGGAGCGGGGGAAGAUGAGAGUGCACAAAAUCAACAACGUGAACAAGGCCCUGGACUUCAUCGCCAGCAAAGGCGUCAAGCUGGUCUCCAUCGGGGCGGAAGAGAUCGUGGACGGCAACGCAAAGAUGACCCUGGGAAUGAUCUGGACCAUCAUCCUCAGGUUCGCCAUCCAGGACAUCUCUGUGGAAGAGACCUCUGCCAAGGAAGGGCUCCUCCUCUGGUGUCAGAGAAAGACUGCCCCGUAUAAGAACGUCAACGUGCAGAACUUCCACAUCAGCUGGAAGGACGGUCUUGCCUUCAACGCCCUGAUCCACCGGCACAGACCGGAGCUGAUCGAGUACGACAAGCUGAGAAAGGACGACCCGGUCACCAACCUGAACAAUGCCUUCGAAGUGGCCGAGAAAUACCUCGACAUCCCCAAGAUGCUGGAUGCAGAGGACAUCGUGAACACGGCCCGGCCCGACGAGAAGGCCAUAAUGACCUAUGUGUCCAGCUUCUACCAUGCCUUCUCAGGAGCGCAGAAGGCCGAGACUGCCGCCAACCGCAUCUGCAAGGUGCUGGCCGUCAACCAGGAGAAUGAGCACCUGAUGGAAGAUUACGAGAAGCUGGCCAGCGAUCUCCUGGAGUGGAUCCGGCGCACCAUCCCCUGGCUGGAGGACCGCGUGCCGCAGAAGACCAUCACGGAGAUGCAGCAGAAGCUGGAGGACUUCCGCGACUACCGGCGCGUCCACAAGCCGCCCAAGGUGCAGGAGAAGUGCCAGCUGGAGAUCAACUUCAACACGCUGCAGACCAAGCUGCGCCUCAGCAACCGGCCCGCCUUCAUGCCCUCCGAGGGCAGGAUGGUCUCGGACAUCAACAACGGCUGGCAGCACCUGGAGCAGGCCGAGAAGGGCUACGAGGAGUGGCUACUGAAUGAGAUCCGCAGGCUGGAGCGGCUGGACCACCUGGCAGAGAAGUUCCGGCAGAAGGCCUCCAUCCACGAGGCCUGGACGGACGGGAAGGAAGCCAUGCUGAAGCACCGGGACUACGAGACAGCCACCCUGUCGGACAUCAAAGCCCUCAUCCGCAAGCACGAGGCCUUCGAGAGUGACCUGGCCGCACACCAGGACCGCGUGGAGCAGAUCGCAGCGAUUGCCCAGGAGCUCAACGAGCUGGAUUACUAUGACUCCCACAACGUCAACACCCGGUGCCAGAAGAUCUGCGACCAGUGGGACGCCCUCGGCUCUCUGACCCACAGUCGCAGGGAAGCCCUGGAGAAAACGGAGAAGCAGCUGGAGACCAUCGACCAGCUGCACCUGGAGUACGCCAAGCGGGCAGCGCCCUUCAACAACUGGAUGGAGAGCGCCAUGGAGGACCUCCAGGACAUGUUCAUCGUCCACACCAUCGAGGAGAUCGAGGGCCUGAUCUCGGCGCACGACCAGUUCAAGUCGACCCUGCCGGACGCCGACCGGGAGCGGGAGGCCAUCCUGGCCAUCCACAAGGAGGCCCAGAGGAUCGCCGAGAGCAACCACAUCAAGCUGUCGGGCAGCAACCCCUACACCACCGUGACCCCCCAGAUCAUCAACUCCAAGUGGGAGAAGGUGCAGCAGCUGGUGCCAAAGCGGGACCACGCCCUCCUGGAGGAGCAGAGCAAGCAGCAGUCGAACGAGCACCUCCGCCGCCAGUUCUCCAGCCAGGCCAACGUCGUGGGGCCCUGGAUCCAGACCAAGAUGGAGGAGAUCGGGCGCAUCUCUAUCGAGAUGAACGGGACGCUGGAGGACCAGCUGAGCCACCUGAAGCAGUACGAGCGCAGCAUCGUGGACUACAAGCCCAACCUGGACCUGCUGGAGCAGCAGCACCAGCUCAUCCAGGAGGCGCUCAUCUUCGACAACAAGCACACCAACUACACCAUGGAGCACAUCCGCGUGGGCUGGGAGCAGCUGCUCACCACCAUCGCCCGCACCAUCAACGAGGUGGAGAACCAGAUCCUCACGCGGGACGCCAAGGGCAUCAGCCAGGAGCAGAUGCAGGAGUUCCGGGCGUCCUUCAACCACUUCGACAAGAAGCAGACAGGCAGCAUGGACUCCGAUGACUUCAGGGCUCUGCUUAUCUCCACAGGAUACAGCCUGGGCGACGCCGAGUUCAACCGCAUCAUGAGCGUGGUCGACCCCAACCACAGCGGCCUUGUGACCUUCCAAGCCUUCAUCGACUUCAUGUCUCGGGAGACCACCGACACGGACACAGCCGACCAGGUCAUCGCCUCCUUCAAGGUCCUGGCGGGGGACAAGGUGAGCCAGACCCGCCAAGGCACACGGGCCAGUUGGGGGGGGGGUCCCUGCACAGGACGGGCGGGGGGCUGGCGGGCCGGGGCGGCUCAGAGUCCUGCCUGCCGCCCCCAGAACUUCAUCACGGCCGAGGAGCUGCGCAGAGAGCUGCCCCCGGACCAGGCCGAGUACUGCAUCGCCCGCAUGGCGCCGUACCAGGGCCCCGACGCCGUGCCCGGCGCCCUCGACUACAAGUCCUUCUCCACGGCCCUGUACGGCGAGAGCGACCUGUGAGGCCUCGCGAGCCGGACCGCGCCCUCCUCACGGCCUCGAGCCCCGCCCUCCCCGGCGGGCCAGGCCGCGCCUCCGACUCUGUAUCUAUGCAAAGC